CACCUUUUCGUUAACCCACAGAAAAUAAACAUAUUGUUAACCUUAUCUCUUUUUUAUAAGUCAACCCUGUGUUUUUUGCAUGGUCCAGAGCAGCAGAGCAUAGAUAAUACGUAUACUAAUCGAUUGCUCGUGCUCUUCUUCCGUAAUAUUCGUCGACCGUCGUUCUUCAAUAUAAUUUCGAUUUUGUUUAUACGGAUAUAUCUAUUGUAUUUGUUGUAGUCACAACUACCCUAGCAUUAGUUAUUACCUACGUUUCGACAGACAACUAAAGUACAUUGUCUGCUGUCCUCUUAUUGCCAAGUAUAAACGCGCACGCGUCGCUACCGCCCUAUUCAUUCGUAAUCACACAUCCACACUCGAGGUCAAUCACUAAAUCCAUAGUACGCAACCAACAUUACAACACAGACAAUAUCAAUAUUUUUCAAAGAAAGUAAGUAAAAUCGUUUAUACUUUUCAUUAUUAUUUGAAAAAUAUUGUUCCAUUUUAUUUUUAAACUACUAUUCUAUAAAUUAUUAGAACUAUGGUUUACAAAAUAAAGAAACACUCGUCGAUGUUCGUUCACGUGGUGGAUGACCAUCAUGACGCGUUGCGUUAUAUCUAUCGAGAAAUAGGUUCAAAACAUUUGCCCCUGUAUGGUAAUGUUCUAUUACAUUUUGAUUCGCAUCCAGACUUGUCCAUUCCAAAAGAUAUGCCGGCUGAUUAUGUUUAUGAAAAGGAACAAUUAUUUGAUUCAUUGAGCAUUGAAAACUGGAUUCUACCAGCAGCGUACGCUGGUCAUUUCGAUAAAAUUAUCUGGGUAAAGCCACCCUGGGCAAGACAAUUAAGUGAAGGUGAAACUGUGUUCAGUAUUGGCAAACAUAAGACAUCUGGAGCUAUAAGACUGACAAAUUCUAAUGAUUUCUAUUUGAGUGAAGGUCUUUAUUGUUUAGAAGAUGAUCUUGAAAAUAUUAAAUCUAUCAAGCUAUUUGUGUUCACCAUGUGUAGUUCUGUUUUUGAAGGCAGUGAAGAAAAAUUGGAGAUCUUGCACAAUAAGUUUAAUGAUUACACCAGAGACAACCCUCAUUAUAUCUUAGAUUUUGAUUGUGAUUUUUUCUCCACAAACAAUCCAUUUCUGACCAUGUACAGUAAAGCAAAUAUGUACAAUAAUCUCCAUAAAAUCUAUACAUUUACUUCUCCAGAAAAUAGAGACGACGUUAAUAGUUUGCUCCAGUGUUCUCGUUCUAGAGAAAUUUUGUUACAAGAGUUAGAAUCUGUAUUCAUGCAUCUUGACGAUGGAAAGUCAUUAGACAAUUACCCUACUGGAAAUUUGACUGCAGUAAAUCCUGAAGAUUUAUCCUUUGUGGUGACUGAAUUGUUAAAACACUAUGACUCCAUUGACUGGUUAAUUGUGCACAAUGCCGGUUGUACAAUUGAUAAUAUUGAAUUACCUAACCAUCACACUGUUAUGACCGAUAUUGCUCAAUCUAUGAACAUUGUGUUUAACUUUUUAUCUAUGAUACAUAAACCAGCUGCCAUUACAGUUGCCUUGUCCACUGGCGAUGAAUACUGUCCAUUGGAAAGUGCAGACUUUAUUAGCGAAACAUUGUUCCUAAAGCUGGAAUGCUUGUACAAUAAAUUGAAUGUUCAAAAAUGUACUGAAGGUUCCUAAAUUUAAAUGAGUACUGAAACAUAAGUUUUAAUCUGAAUUAUAAGUUUGUUUAAUGCAGUUAGUAUGUUUUUUUUUUAUUUUAUGUGUAUGUAGGUACAAAAUAGGUUUCUUAUUUUGAAUAUAAUCUUUAAAUAUAAUUUAUUUGUGAAUUAAUUAGUUUAUGAUUAUUAUUGUAUCUUGCAUUUUUGUCAAAUGGUCAUUAUCAAUGUUAAAAUUUAUAAACCAUAAUUUAUUAUAUAAUUUUAACAACUAAAUGUUUAAGUGUCUAGUGUUUAAAUAAUUUAUAUAGAUACAUUUUAUUUAAAACCUUUAAAAUUCCUCUAAAACCUUUUCAUAACAAUUGUUGUUUUUUAAAAAAAAUAUAAUACAAAUUCAUUAAUUUUGAAUUAGUUAUAUAUCAUUUUAAAAUAAUAAUCAUUAAUAUUAAUGCUCAGCACUGUCUAGUUGUUAAUAGUUUUAAAGUACUAAUUUUAUAGUAUAUUUUUAAGUACUUAUACACAAUAUAAUAACAUACUGAUUAAUUACUAAUUUUUGCAACAAAACAAAUAAUUAAAUUUUAAUUUAAAUAAAACAAAUGUUAUUACAUAUUAUAAUUAUUUUACAUAGAUAAUUUAGGGAUGUAACUAUAUUUUCAAACUUGUUAGCUGCAAAAUAAACUUGAAUAAUUUUGUAUGUUUUUAAAGGGAUUGUCAAAUAUUUUUAGGUAGUUAUAAUUCAAUUUAUAGUCAUUAAUGAUUAACACAGAUUAUAUAAAACAGUCUGAGUAUAUUUAAUGUGUUUAACAUAGGCUUGCGCACGAGGGGGCACAAGAUGGGCAGCUGCCCCUCCCUGCCCUCCUACGGGUUAUAUUUUUCUUCCAAAAACUGUGAAAUUUAAAUUAUUAUAUUAAAUUUGUAAUUAAAUUAAUGAUGUAAAAAUUAAAACACUUUUUUUAUUGUAAAACAAUAUUACAUUAUAUAUAUAUUGUUAUAUCUACUUCCUUUAAGCAGAGCUUGUGUUGGAAUUAGAAAGUUACUUCUAUCGCUAAUAUUAAUUUAACUAACUAUAAUAAACAAAGUAAUAUUAAAUUAUAUUACGUAUAAUAUAUAUAUAUGUAUUCUGCCCCCUGCCAUUAAGGUCUGCGCAUGCCUAUGGUGUUUAACCUUGCACCUAUUUAAUAUUCAAAUUAAUAUCAAUCAUGCUGUGAUUGUUUCAAUAUACCUGUAAUAUACCUCUUGUUUUUCUAUGUAUAAAUAUUAUUUUAAUAAGGGAAAUUGUAUAUUAUAAAUAUAUUAUUCACACAAAAUAAAUGUUGGCUCAUAAAACUGUUUUAAGUACAUUUUUCAGUAUUAUUAUAUACACAUUGAUUAUAACAAAAAAUAUGCAUUUUGCAUGUGUGCACUUAAUUGUUAAGUUUAAUAAUUGCUAUUAAAUUUUCAUUUAAAAUUUACUAGUAUAAUUUGUUAUCUAAUUUUGUUAGUAUACAAUUUAGUUGUUUAUAUUCAUGUUUAAUUGAUUAGGUAUUUUGAAAAUUAUUAUAAAUUUAAUAAUAUAGAUUUUAUGUUAUAA